UCCCUGGUCAUGACUCACGAAUGUAAAUUGAUACUCGUCAAUCUGACGAUUUCAUCAUAGAUUCCAAGAUAAAGACGCGAUAAUUCUUAACUUUAUUAUUUUUGUUUAUAAACAUAUGUUUAUUUCUCACACCAGGAGCGCAUUUAGUAUCCAAGCGUUUUUGUUUUCUUCCAUAUUAUAAAAUAUAUAUACAUUUCAUAUAUUCUAUCAUAUUUAUUUUGUACCUUUUUUCGCUACCAACUAUUUUUUUAUGCAUAUUUUGCUCUGAAUUUGUUGUUGAUAAUCCUAUGAUGCUCAAGCUUCUUUUAAGCUGUGUUGUAAUUAAUGUCUGGCUGUUUGUAGCAGUUGAAGGAUUUGACUAUUAUGUGUUUGCACAACAAUGGCCACCAGCUGCAUGCCUCAAUGUACCUGGGGGAAAAUGCUCAAUUUCUGAAGUAGUGUCAACUUGGAGCAUACAUGGCUUGUGGCCCACAAACCAUAAAGGAUAUCCAAGCUUUUGCAAUGGUUCUUGGCCUUUUAAACCUCAACUUUUAAAGGAUCUUAUUGUGCAGUUAGAAGCAAAAUGGCCAAACAUAUAUGCUCAUUCUUCAGAAAUUUCGUUCUGGAAACAUGAGUGGCAAAAACAUGGUACUUGUGCAGCUACUGAAACUGAUAUGAACACUGAGCACAAAUACUUCAAAAAUAGUCUUCAACUUCACGAUCAGUUUGAUAUUUAUCAGUUUAUAAAGGGAGCUGGAAUAGAGCCUAGUAAGGACCAGCCCUAUUCGUUACAGACCAUUCAAGAUGCCAUAUAUUCAAACGUGAAUGUUACUAUAAAAUUAUUCUGCAAGAAUCACCAAGAAUACGAACAUCCCAUACUCACAUCCAUGUACAUAUGCUUCGACAAACAACUAGGUUUAAUUGGCUGUGAUGAAAUAAAAGAGACCACCUGCAAAAAUACAUAUGUGUACUACCUACCUUUUCCUGAUAGAAAACCAAGCAAACGCUUUCUCUAUUAUUUAAUAACAUUUGUAAUAGCUGUUAUCUGUGCUAUUGUAAUAUUUAUCCUGAUGAAAAUGUGGCAGAAAAGAAGAAGAAUGAAGAUUGGCGAAAGAAUGAAAAUUCUUUUCUGAGAUGGAUGACAAAAAGCUGAAACAAGCUGAGCUAUAAAUUGGGAGGAAUUGAAAGGUUAAAAAUGUAUAGUUCAUAUCAACAAAGUGUUCUAUAUUAUGUCUUAAUUAUAUUUAUGCAGGUUCCAUAAUAUUAAUUUUAUGCAUUGUUAUUGUUAUUCAUUGAAAAAUAUUAGUCAAAUGAAAUGAGCAUAAGUGAAUGUUUAUUUUUAUUCAGCAAUAUUACUGUAGAACAAUGUAUUCUCUCAUAUUAUGAAUUAUAACUUUAAAAACUCACAAGUACAUGUGAAAUUGGUUUUGUAUAAAUGUAUUGGUUUGUAUUAAAUAUGUAGCUUAUAUUAAUUACUGUAAAUGUCCAUCAAUGGGUUUAUUACUGUUAGUCAUUUAUUUCUUUUAAAAAAAUAGUGUAUUUCUAUGUUACUGUAAAAUUAUUUGGACUGUUGAAAUAAAUAAAAAUUUAUUUUUUUGAA